AUAGAGCAAGUAGACUAACCACUGAAAAGUCUUAAGCGGAUCUCUUAGGAGAGAGUAGAAGCUGUUGCACGAAACCUCUCACUUACUCUGGUUGCUAAGCACUGCAAACUAUAACUGUUUGGCUGGCAUCAUAAAAACGUAAAAUAAAAUCACAAGAAAAAUAUAUACUGCGCAUGCACUGAACAUAUUUUGACAACUGUAUGGACGAAUCAUUAAACCAGACGACAAAAUAAUCUAAUUUUACUGUUGAAUAUAUUGGGCCAUAAAUCAAGAGGAGAUUAUUUAUCUAUGUAGACGUUGCUGAUCAGUUGAACGCAAAGAACUGCCUAGACAGAAUUGAGAGCAACGGCCAUAAACAAAAAAACAUCGAAAGAGGGCUGAUCAAGGGAGGCAACUGUUAUAAGAAGCAUUUUUGGAGCGAGGUUUUUUCAAUUAUUUCUAUUCAAGAAUAAUAACAUUUACAAUGUCUGCAGAUAUGAACUUUAUAAGAAACCAUCAUCUGUUGCUAUCCCAGACGUCAUCGCCAUAUUUCAAGGAGCAACCACUAAUACCGAGCAUUGCUGACUAUACAUCACCGUUUUCAAAGGAUUACCGUUCAUCGGAGUUUUCCACGUUGUCCCCUCUUCCAUCUCCGUCACAACCACCCCCAAAACCAUCAUCAUCAACACGGUCAUCUAUAUCAUUUUCCCCGCAUUUAUCUACAUCAUCUGCUAGAGGAUGUGCAACUUCCACGUCAUCAACAGCAACAACAUAUUCGAGGUCCAAAACAGUUGAUAAAAAGUCGGAAGGAGAACCAAAGCAAAGUCGAUUUCUUCCAGUCAUAUCAAAAGAGAAAAGAGCCGAAAUGAAUAUUGUAAUAUUUAACCAAAUCGCUGAGAUCACACAGUAUUUGUAUCUUUGUGCUGCUGCAGCAGUGUCUCGAGAGAAGGUUCGCUCACUUCAAAUCACUCAUAUUAUAAACUGCACCCUCGAUGUUCCGAACUUCAAAGGUGAAAAUGUUGAGUGCGUUAAUAUUCAGGUAGAUGAUUCUUCUCGGGCACACCUCGGCAUUUACUUUGAUCGUUGUGCUGACAUGAUUCGUCAAGCCAGUUUGAAAAAUGGUAAAGUUCUGGUCCAUUGUGUGGCUGGAGUUAGUCGGUCGGCUAGUCUUUGUAUUGCCUAUUUAAUGAAGUACGAAAGGAUGAGCUUACUGCAAGCUUACAAAUUUGUGAAGAGGAAACGAUAUGUGAUUCAUCCGAACGUUGGAUUUUGGCAGCAACUGAUUGAGUAUGAAAAACGGAUUUUCGGUCGAGCAACUGUGAAAAUGGUUUAUUCUAACGUGGGUAUGGUUCCGGAGGUCUACAUUGAGGAGGAGAACGAAUUACUUCGACUUCAACAAAAUUCACGCCAUCGCUAAACCUACCAACAAGUCUUGUUUCCUUUUGACAUCUUUUAUAUAUAGCCUAUAUUUAUUAUCGACUGAGUAGACCGCUAGUUGCAUUUUCAUCUUUACUCGUUUUGAACAACAGUAAUAAUAUUAAUGAUAAAACAAAAACAACAACAAAAUAAAAAAAAAAGUAUACUAAGGAAAUAUAAAUAAAACUUUGGACGAAAAUAAUUCUCAAACAUCUAAAGAUAUCCACAAAAUAGAUUUCAGUCGAGCACCUAUGAAAACGGCUCAUUCUGGCUGGGGUAUUAUUCCAAAGGUCUAUUUUGAUGAAGAGAAAGAACUACUUCGACAUAACGAUUUUCAUGCCAUCGUUAAAAAACACCAAUAACUCCUAUAUAUUUAGUGUCUUUAUAUUUAUUAGCACUUGGCAGGUUACUUGCAAUAAAUUCAUUCUGAAUUA